UGUCGUGCGCCGAGCGACAGUUUUUCAGCAAAGGCUUUUGCGGCAACACGCAUUGUUACGUCAGUUGCUGGCGUUGCUGGUGUGUUUGUUGCGAUGAGGCAGGUGUCAUGAGUUCGAGUCCUCUGGAUCUGCAAGGGGAGCUGCAGCGGCCAGUGCAGCAGACGGUGUGUGGUGCAGUACUGCAAGACUCAAACUGGAAAUGCCUGAUUCUCUCUCUGCUGAUAUAUGGCUGUCUUGGUGCUGUCACUUGGUGCCGGCUUACUGAGGUCAGCAAGGUGAUCAUCAACUUCUCAGGCUAUCCAAUCACCAGCAAGGUGCAAAUGUCACCAUGUGACAAGGGGUAUAUUUACAUCCCAGUGGCAUUCAUGCUUAUGCUGUAUCUAGUGUACCUGGUGGAGUGUUGGCACUGCACAGCACGUGAGGAGCUCAACACCAAGGUGCAUGUUACAAGCAUCAUGGAAACAGUUAGGCUUAUGCGUGAGGCUCAGCCCAUUGUCUGGUGGAAAGCACUGUGUUAUCACUAUGUGCGACGGAAGCGUCAGGUUGUGCGUACACGGCAUGGAGGUGACUCAUACACAACCACACAGGUGUACUAUGAGCGUGUGAACUCGCAUGCUGCAGGCUCCUGCUUUCUGUACACUUACUGUGGUAUGCGAGACAUCUCACGUGACCUCUCAUUGGAAGGUGGAGCCAUCACUAAAAUACGCUUUAGCAAGGGAUUUGCCUUUGCCAAUGUGGAGGCUGCUGCUGAAUUUGAAGACCAGCGAGCACGCUUCUUCACAGAACAUGAGCGCUAUGAUGACUACAUGGAAAUGCGGGAAGGACUGGAUCUCAUGGGUGUCUCAAAUUUCAAAGAGCAUGUCAUAGUAUAUGCAAAUCUGCCAUGGUAUUCAAACCGUGCAGUAUUUUGGAUCUGCAGUUGCCUUUUGCUCUCCUGGCCAAUUAGAAUCAUCCUGGAAUACAAUACUGGAUAUGUUCAUUAUCAGGUAACAAAGCUAUUUGGAGUGAACUAUGCAACUCCCAGCAGCACAGUGGUGCAGAUGUCAACAGGCAGUACCAUGGAUAGCUCAGAGUGGAGCCAGGCACUUGUGCCCAGCUAUUCAGAGGCUGUGCUGAUGGAUGCAGUCCCAGACAACAAUAACACAGUGACGGCAAGUGCCUCACAACUUCUGUUCUACCCUGGACUAUUGGCAGAUCAUGUGCCAGCUGAUCCCUUUCCACCACCAGAAUAUGAAGAGGCACUGCGCCUACCUGUCCUCACACGACUUCGACGGUCACUCACAGACCGUGGUGAAGAUAUGUUCCGAUGCAGCAGGGAGAGGCGACGCUCCAGCGGUGUAGUGGUGCGUGUAAACAUGGAGACUAGCUUGUAGUGCACAUAAUGAGCAUAGAAAGUAACACUGCUUUCUGUUUCAUGUGUACCUAAUGUGAAAUUUCCUUGCUAUUGCAUAAAUUAAUUCUCAGAAUUUCCAAUCAAGCAGUGACAAAUCAGUUUGCUUCUAACAACAUGAGGCUUAACAUUAGGAACUAUAUCUGUGACAAUCGGUGCUUUGGCUUUUUUGUAUUUGUUUCUCCGAUAUCUUACAAGACAUGUGAUAACUGUCCCUCUUCAGUGUUGUAUGUGCUAUUUGUAAAAACGAAAGUGUCUACUUGUUCAUAUUCAUGAAUGAACUCUGAAAUCUUACAACAGAUCUGGAUGAAACUUGGCAUUGGUGACCUUCACUGAAGUGGUCAGGUGACUAUGGUUCAUUAGAACCUCUACUCUUUGUUGACUCAUAAACUGAUUUUUUUCUUGUAUUUCAUUAAAUAUAUAAACAAUUUGAAAAUGUUUGAAAUUAAAUUCAUACCUCUUAUUGAGAUAUAUAUUUGAUUAGAGAAGGCUGUGAGCAGAAACUGCAGCACAGGUUAAGAGCGGAUAACCCUUUCCAUGUCAUUUUUCUGCCUGUUUUGCUAAUUUAAUAAUUUAAUUCUACUUACAUGCAAUUAACUUACAUUAAUCACCUGUAUUGUUCCACCAUGGAAUUUUACUACAAACUAUACUUGUGUUAUUUGUA